CGAGUGUCAGUGGACUGAAGACAACAACACGAGUCACAGGACCAUUGUCACACAGACUUUGCCCUCCAGAGCCUCCUGUCACCCAGUCUUUCUGUCAGUCAUGCGUGCACCUCCGACACCUACACACAGCGGCUGAGGUGGCAUCAUGUGAUUUGCUGCUGCACCAGGUAGGGAAGUAUUUAAACAGCACACUAACCUGGGCACGAGGACACCUGACACCACCUGACAGCUGGCACAGUCUCCGUGUCGUCUCAUGUCAGGUAAAAGACAUGAGCAAUGUUCUGUGUCAGGUUAUUGUCGUCUGUCUCCUGUAUGGAGUGGAGAGCAGACCACGUGAUCUAUCGCCAGGUGAAAACGCUUUGUGCAUCGAUGUCUUCUCACACUUCUCAGAGGGAAAAGUCACUUUCACUGAUGGUGCAAGGAGAGUGUUACUAAACAAACAACCGAAAGGACCUGGAUACAAAUGUCUCGUAAAAGAAGACAGGUAUCCCUCAGAAAAGAGAAAGAAACAAAAUCAGAAUCUGCACGAAGAAACUUUGAACUGCUCUGAAGGUGACAUGGACUUGCUUAUCUCCUUGUGUCAAGAGCUGACGGAGAAAAAUAAAAGUCGGGAUGCAAGUGUUCGACUCAAGCGCUCUUUACUGUAUCCAGGUACAGUGUGGUGUGGUGAAGGAAAUGAUGCGAAUGGUGACAACACCAAGCUCGGCCAGUUCGCUGACACCGACUCCUGCUGUCGUGCACAUGACCUUUGCACUCCACGGAUCCUCGCCAACACUAACGACUCUACGACUGGCUUAAGCAAUGACUAUCCUUUCACAAGGCUCCAUUGCAAGUGCGACAGAGAAUUUAAGGAGUGUUUAAAGCAGUCGAAGGAUGGGAUCGCAAAGGAAGUUGGUAAAAUUUACUUCAACUUACUUCCUGAAGCUUGCUUCGAAGAAGUAUCUCGAUGCUCCGACAACAGCAUCUCAGCAAAAUGUUCUUCUUGGAACUGGAACUCAGUCGGAGUUUACUAAUCCGAGAUUAUCUUGACUGUCUUCAGGUUUACAGUCAAAGAGGGAGCAAGAGUACAAUCGACAUUAUGUAUAGCAGAUAUACAAACGAGAGAUGCAUGAUUACUCGUACGUCAAAUACGUUUGUAGACGAAAGAGGAUCACAGUUAUUAAAUGUACAAAAACUUUGACAUUUUCACC